AUGGCUCCUUACCACAUGCUGCUAAUCAAGCCACCUUGUAAGUUCAGUCACACCGAGUGGGUUCACAAACGACCUGUGGACAAGCUACCGAAAAUCAUCGAGGCACAAGAAAGUGCCAUGGCUCCCCAGCAGAAGCGCCUGUUCGUCACAAUCGGUGCCACGGCCCCCUUCAACGGCUUAAUUCGCGCUGUCCUCUCUCACGGUUUCUUGUCCGCCUUAUCGGAACACUCAUACACUCAGCUACGUAUCCAACACGGCGAUCAGGGUGGUCAUAUUCUUCGCGAGGCUAGUCUAUCCAACAUUCAACAACAAUACGGCAUUGAGGUCACCGGAUUCGAUUUCGACAAGAAUGGUCUAGAGGGCGAAUUGAGGGCGCUCAAGAAGAGCAGCACGAAUGAGGAAGGCGCGGUCGUCAGCCAUGCAGGCAGCGGCUCAGUGCUAGAGGCCAUGCGUUACGAGUUGCCAAUCGUUGUCGUACCGAACGAGGAGUUGUUGGGAAAUCACCAGGUCGAGCUGGCAGAGGAGUUGGGUCGCUUGGGGUAUGUGGUUCACGGACGAGUCGAGGAUCUAGCAGGAUCAAUCAUCAAAGUCGAGCAGCUACGAGACAAGCAUCUUCUGUGGCCGCCACACACUAGUGGCGAGACGCGGAACAAGGCGGUUGGAAAGGGUCUGAAGGGCGUUUUGGACGAGGAGAUGGGUUGGGCGUUGAGAGUGGAGUAG